AUGAGUACCCCGGAAAAGCAGGAGCAGACUGCUGCAGGGGGCAGGAGGGUCAGAGGUAAGCAGAUGAAGCAACUUGCUGCUGGCAACUCCAGCAACAAAGGAGAGAGGAAGUUUGUGUGUCUGGAGUGUGGAAAAGAAUUCACCUCAAGGGAAGGCCUAAGAUAUCACACCCUUACACACACUGGUGUCAAGAACUAUGAGUGUAAGGAAUGUGGGAAACAAUUCAUCCAGAAGAGUCACCUUGAUACACACACCCUUACACACACUGGUGUGAAGAACUAUGAAUGUAUGGAAUGUGGGAAAAAAUUCAUCCAGAAGAGUACCCUUGAUACACACACCCUUACACACACUGGUGUGAAAAACUAUGAAUGUAAGGAAUGUGGGAAAAAAUUCAGCCUGAAGGGUAACCUUGAUAGACACACCCUUACACACACUGGUGUGCAGAACUAUGAAUGUGAGGAAUGUGGGAAAAAAUUCAGCCUGAAGGGUAACCUUGAUAGACACACCCUUACACACACUGGUGUGAAGAACUAUGAAUGUAAGGAAUGUACAAAGAAAUUCAGGCAUAAGUGUCAUCUUGAUGAACACACCCUUACACACACAGGUAUGAAGAACUAUGAAUGUAAGGUAUGUGGGAAAAAGUUCAGCCAGAAGGGUACCCUUAAUACACACACCCUUACACACACUGGUGUUAAGAACUAUGAAUGUAAGGAAUGUGGAAAAAAAUUCAGCCGGAAGGGUUACCUUGAUGAACACACCCUUACACACACUGGUGUAAAGAGUCAUGAGUGUGAAGAGUGCGGGAAGAGGUUCAGUAGGAAGCAGGCACUCAAUCAACAUGUCUUCAGGCACUAUGGCCUUAGAGAGUUCAAGUGUGAUGUUUGUGGAAAGCUCUUUAAGACAAGGGGUGACAUUGCCAAGCACAUGAAGACCCACUUCUGAAGUGUGUCUGGCUACAGUAGUUAUAGUGACCAGGGUGAUAGCAGCAGCUGAGCCUGAUAGGGAAAGGGAAGUGAAGGAGAGGUAAAAGUGAUCUUGUAAGACAAGGAAGAAAGAAGGCUUGCCUGUGAAGUGAUAAAAGGAGAGGAGCCACAGCCAGAAGAGGAAGGAAAAUACUGAUGGCUGACUUUCCACAGCUGUGGCAGCUGCACCUGGGCCUGGAGCCUGGUUGAGUCUCACAGCUGCAGUGAAUUACUUACUCCUCUGUGAGAGCAUGUGAAGCAGUUUGCCAACCUGGUCCUGGCCCUCAUGAUGCUGUUCGCCACGUACAAUCACUGGAUGGUGGCCGACAAGUUUGAGAGACUCGCCCCCUCACUGGUGUUCUUCAUGCUAACCUGCCGGCUCAUCGCUGAGUACCAAAUACACUGGAAGGAGAAGAUGGACAAGGCGGCGGCAGUGGCCAAGAAGUCACCCGCCGCAGCCGCUGAAGGGAAGGACGGAGGAACAGCCGCCAACUCCAUCGCUGGCGGCUCCACAUCUACUCUCGUCUCCUCCUCCUCAGUUGCCUCCGCCUCCUCCUCCUCCUCUUCCUCCUCUCAACAUGGACGGUCAAAGAAGGAUGUUUAGUGUGGAGGUGUUUGAUUUGGGUAUGUGGUUCAGUGUUUUUAUUUAUUUAUUUAUUUUAUUUUAUUUAUUUAUUUUUUUUUUGUGUGUGUGCGUGCGUGUGUAUUUGCUACCCUGCCCUCCCUCCCUCGCCCCAAUAUUUGUCUCUCUUGGUGUUUGUAGGCAAUAAGAUGACCUUUUCCACACACCUUUAUUCUUUCCCUCUUUACGACUUUAUUGUAAGUAUAUGUAACCUUAAACAAACGAAAUACAAGUUACUUGAACCCUACUCUCGAGAUGUUACUUCGAUCUCUGUACGUAUAGGCAAGAUUACAUCUCUUAAAGUAACGCUAUAUAAGUUACGUCAACCUUAACCUGCGAGAUGUUUGUAUAAGUAACCUCAAUUCACUGGUAUGUUUGUAUAAGUAACCUCAUUUCACUGGUAUGUUUGUAUAAGUAACAUCAAUUCAUUUCAUAUGUCGUAUGUUACUUUGAUCUGUAUGUAAAGGGAAGAUUACAUCAUUUAAACUAGCAAAAUAUAAGUUAUGCCAACCUUACCUUUGAGAUGUUUGUAUAAGUAACUUCAAUUCACUCGUAUGUCGUAUGUUUAUUUGAUCUCUGUACAUCAAGGAGAGAUUACGUCAUUUAAACUAAUGGAAUAUAACUUGUCAACCUUACCUACGAAAUGCUUGUAUAAGUAACUGCAAUUCGUAUGUUUUAUGUUAAUUUGAUCUCUGUACGUUGAGGCAAGAUUACGGCAACCCGGCACUCACUGUUAUGCUCAUUUCUCGUCUUUAUGUAGAUGUAACAUUACGAUCCAUGUUAUACUGAAGUUACUGUGUCAUCCCUAACAUUACGUAUAUGCAUAGGUGGGCACGAUAACAGAAAACCUUAUUCCCAAUAACCGAUAACUGAUAAUGGAAAAUAUUAUCGGUGAUAACCGAUAUUCGUUAACUGGAGACACAAAUAUAGGCGAUAACAAUUCCCAUACUCGCUAGCGAUAAGUCCGAUGGGCGAAAACGAUACUAUAUUGAUAUUUCAAAUAAAAAAUCUUAGAUGAAUUCAAAUUUUCAUUAUCUGUAUUUUAGAAAACUUACAAAACCUGAAAACCAAACAUUGACGCGUACAUAUGGACGGUAAUACUAGAAGCGCCUGAACUGGUGUUGUGUUAUUUGGCGUCCCCACCGUCAAAAGCUGGUGCAUUUGUUUGCAAACACUGGCCUCUCGAGAACUGCGCAUGCUCAGACCAGCAAGCGUAGACCUGUACAGGCUCACAAAGCUUUUUAACCGUAAUUAAGAGUUGCUGGAAGGCUGAAUCAGACAUACAGUACCACUACCACCAUCCCCGCUGUUUCUAGAACGACACUCUGUACGAGUUGUAUGUAUUUAUAUGUACAGAGUGUUGUUCUUGAAACAGCGAGGAUCGUGGUAUUAUUUGUCUGAUUCAGCCUUCCAGCAACUCUUAAUAUGUUAAAAAGCUUUGUGAGGCUGUACAGGGCUACGCUUACUGGUCUGAACAAGCGCAGUUCAUGAGAGACCAAUGUUUGUAAACAAAAGCGCCAGCUUUUGACGAUGGGACACCAAAUAACACAACACCGAGUGCCUUCAAUACCAUGGCAUGCUCACAAACGAAUAUGGAAUAUCAAAUUUGAGGCAGUGAAUAAACAUUUUUGGGGCAAAGUUAAAUGAUUUUUCUGAUUUUUCUCUUUGAUAUAUUGAUUUUUGAGUCUAACAUAAAAAAAUAACCUAGUGUUUUAAUGUUGAUGAUCUAAGCAUGAAAUCUCUUCACCGAAAUACUUCAUACCUCAAAGUUUUUUUCAAACAACACCGGGCGCCCGGUCCACGCAUGCGCAGUAGGGAGGAGACAACGUUUUUUUUUUUUUUUUUUUUUUUUUUAGGGGUGGAAAAAGUAGCGAUUAUCGCUGGUUUGGUCACAAAAGUAACGAAGAUACCGAUAUAUAUUUGAAUAAGUAGCGGAUGGCCGAUAACCCGAUUUUGUUAUCAGCGAUAAAGUAUCGCGAUAACUUAUCGCGAUAACGCCCAACUAUGCGUAUAUGUCACUUUGGUUACUAAGUCUUGUUAACAUUACUAACCAUUAUAUUUAAGUUACUGUGUCAUCCCUAACAUUACGUAUAUGUCACUUUGGUUACUAAGUCUUGUUAACAUUACUAACCAUUAUAUUUAAGUUACUGUGUCAUCCCUAACAUUACGUAUAUGUCACUUUGGUUACUAAGUCUUGUUAACAUUAUUCAUUUCAUUUGUUAGUAUGUCAUCAGUAACAUUUUGCAUUCAUUCACCGCAGUUACUAAGUCUUUAACAUUACUUAUCCAUUUCAUUUGUUACUAUGCCAUUUGUAACAUUACGUAUACAUGUCUCUUUGGUUACUAAGCUUUUUUAACGUAAUGUAUCCAUUUAAUUUAAGUUACUAUGUCAUUUAACAUUACGUAUACAUAUCGGUGCGGUUACUAUAUAUCUUGUAACAUUACGAUCCAUGUCACUCAAAUUAAUAUGCCAUUUGUAACAUGAUGAAUUCUGACACUUUAAGUUAUUGUUAGUUCAUCUGCAACAUUAUGAUCCUCACCAUACGUAAGUUACCAUGUCCUCAGUAACAUAUAUGUAUCUAUGUCACUGCUGAGUUACUGUAUCUUUUUCUCUACAAUCAUUCUACAAUCUUUCUACAAUCCCUGUCAUGCUUAAGUCACUACGCUGUCUGUAACGCUCGGUCCUCGUCACUUGCGUCACCAUAUCUUCCGUAACAUUACAAUCCCUAUCACACUUGGGUUACUGUGUCAUGUGUAGCAAUGCGUACUCCUGUCCCUUCGGUUGCUAAAUCUUUUGUAAUAUUUCUGUCACUAUUAACUGGCUCUGCCCUUUGUAACACUAAGACCAAGUUACAUUAGUCAUUUGUUUUGUCUUUUUCUGUAUGUUGAGACAAGGUUAUGGAAGCUAGUCAUUUGUUACAUCUAUUCUUCUUUAGUUCAAGACAAGGUUACAUUGACUAGCCUCCGUUACGUCAUGUCUGUACAUUGAGACAAGGUUACGUUAGCGUCAUUUGUUUCAUUCUUUUUUACAUCGCCGCAAGGUUAUGUUUGCCAGUCAUUCAUUACAUAUGUUUUUCUUUAGUUUGAGACAAGGUUAUGUUAGCCAGUCAUUCAUUACAUAUGUUUUUCUUUAGUUUGAGACAAGGUUAUGUUAGCCAGUCAUUCAUUACAUAUGUUUUUCUUUAGUUUGAGACAAGGUUAUGUUAGCCAGUCAUUCAUUACAUAUAUUUUUCUUUAGUUUGAGACAAGGUUAUGUUAGCCAGUCAUUCAUUACAUAUGUUUUUCUUUAGUUUGAGACAAGGUUACAUUAGAGAUUAGACAGACAUUCAUUAUGUCAUUUUUUGAACAUGGUAUUAUCAUUUAUCAAGUUACGUGGGUAGUUUGGGUUUCUAAUUUCUUUGCAUCGAGACAAAACAAUAUGUAAAUGGGAUAUACAUACAAGAAUUCACAGCUCAAUCAUGUAUAGGCCUACUCUUGACAGCAUCCUAUACAUAUACAUAACCCUAAUUUUAUGUAUUCUUUAGGAUGUAUAUUUGAGACUAUUCACCUUAUAGAUCUCUGUGAAUAUGUAAAUGGGAGAUACAUAUAGGAAGUCACAGCUCAAUCUUGUAUAGGCCAACUCUCAACACCAUCCAACAGUUACAUACAUAGGCCUAAUUUUAUGUAUUCUCUAGGAUGUAUAGUUGAGAUUAUUCACUUUCUUGAUCUCUGUGAAUCUGUAAAUGGGAUAUACAUACAAGAAUACACAUCUCAAUCCCC